AUGGAGCCAUGUGGCCCUAUCCUUGUUCAGUUUACCUGGCCUGGACCUGUCUGCAAACCCAAAAACUCUGCUGAGACGCUGUUUCCUGGCUGCGGGGACAGUCGCCAGUCAGCAGCGCAGCGGAGGAAACCGGAGCUGGGCGCCCUGGAGCCUCCCAGAUGCCUUGAUACAGUUUGCCAUGCGAAAGAGGGUAUUAAGAAAAAGAGAGACAGUCAUGGCAACACCAGACUCAUGGCAGCUGUGAAUGGAGAGGGUCUGCUCACAUUCAGGGAUGUGGCUGUGGACUUCUCACAGGAGGAGUGGGAAUGUCUCAACCCUGGUCAGAGGGAGUUGUACAUGGUUGUGAUGCUGGAGAACUACAGCAAUGUGUUAUUUGUGGAGAAUAAUUUCACAUAUUGUAAAUAUGAGAAGGUCUUGAAUCAAGGCUCAAAGAGUAUCCAUGAACAUGUGAAUAUUCACGAAAAGUCUUACAAAUGUAAUGAGCUUCACAAAAUGAUUCAUGAACUCUCACAAGAUAACCUCUCUAAAACUAACCACAGAGAUGCCUCUGUUGAAGCAUUAAACCUAAAGAAACCUACAAUUAGGAAGACUGGAGAAAAACCUUGCAAAGUUACAGACUGUAUAAACUGUUUAAAUAUGUAUUCUGUUGUAGGUCAAAGUCAAAGAAUUCAUAUAGGAAACAAAGAACAAAAUGAUACAGAGUAUGGAAAAGGUUUUCACUCUAAGUAUAAACUCAUGCUGAAACAAACCAAUAGUGGCAAGAACCCACACAAAUGCAGGAAAUACGCUAAAUGUGUCCGAACAUCCUCAACCCUCAGUAGACAUCAAAGAGUUCAUACUAGAGAGAAAUCUUAUAAAUGUAUAAAAUGCAGUAAAUUCUUUCUGCACUUGUUACAACUCAAAGUACAUUACAGAAGCCAUUAUGGAGAAUAUCCCUAUAAAUGUACAGAGUGUGGUAAGUGCUUUUAUCAUACAUCAGACUUUGAAAGACAUUACAGGAUCUACACUGGUGAGAAUACUUACAAAUGUAGUGAUUGUGGUAAAUCCUUUAUCUGCUGCUCAGGUCUUAGGAAACAUCAGAAAAUUCAUAGAGGACAGAGACAUGAAUGUAGCCAAGGUUCUAGGUCAUUCUAUACGUUGUCUUACCAUCAAUACCAUUGCAGAACCUACACAGGAGGGAAACUUUACAGAUACAAUGACUGUGGCAAAUUCCUUUCUACAUCAUCAGUUCUUACAACAUGCCCAAGAAUUCACACAAGGAAUAAAUCUUACAAAUGUAAUAAAAGUGAGAUAUCAUUUACAAAUAAAGGCUUUCAGAGAACUCAUCAGAGAAUUCAUACAAGAGAGAAACCUUACAAAUAUAUGGAAUAUGACAAAUCCUUUACCAAUAAAUACAUUCUUAGGCCUCAUGAGAGACUCCAUACAGGAGAGAUAACCUACAAUUGUAGGGACUGUGACAAAUCCUUUACCCGGAAAAGCAAUCUUAAGGUUCAUCAGAGAAUUCAUACAGGUGAGAAACCUUAUAAAUGUACAGAAUGCGACAAGUCUUUUAUCAGGAAAGGCAGUCUUAGGGUUCAUGAGAGAAUCCAUACAGGAGAGAAACCUUACAAAUGUAUGGAAUGUGACAAGUCCUUUACCCUGAAAAGCAUUCUUAGGGUUCAUCAGAGAAUUCAUACAGGAGAAAAACCUUACAAAUGCAGGGAAUGUGACAAAUCCUUUACCCAGAAAUGUAGUCUUGGGGUUCAUGAGAGAAUCCAUACAGGAGAGAAACCUUAUAAAUGUAGGGAAUGUGACAAAUCCUUUACCCAUAAAGGCCAUCUUAGAACUCAUCAGAGAGUUCAUACAGGUGAGAAACCUUAUAAAUGUACACAGUGUGAAAAAUGGUUCACCGAGAAAGGCAGUCUUAGGGUUCAUGAAAGAAUCCAUACAGGAGAGAAGCCUUACAAAUGUAUGGAAUGUGACAAACCCUUUAACCGGAAAGGCAGUCUUACAGUUCAUCAGAGAAUUCAUACAGGAGAGAAACCUUACAAAUGUAGGGAAUGUGAUAAAUCUUUUACCCAGAAAUGUAGUCUUGAGGUUCAUGAGAGAAUCCAUACAGGAGAGAAACCUUACAAAUGUGGGGACUGUGACAAAUCCUUUACCUAUAAAGGCCAUCUUAGAACGCAUCAGAGAACUCAUACAGGUGAGAAACCUUAUAAAUGUACACAAUGUGAAAAAGCUUUUACCAAAAAAGGCAUUCUUAGUGUUCAUGAGAGUAUCCACACAGGAGAGAAGCCUUACAAAUGUAUGGAAUGUGACAAAUCCUUCACCCAGAAAGGCAGUCUUAGGGUUCAUGAGAGAAUUCACACAGGAGAGAAACCGUACAAAUGUAGGGAAUGUGAUAAAUCCUUUACUCUGAAAAAGAGUCUUAAGGUUCAUCAGAGAAUUCAUACAGGAUAGAAACCCCAAGGGCUGGGAACUUGUUACUAG